AGUACAACAGUACCACGUCGUUGUGUACAACAUUCUUCAUCUUCACAACAAAGUAUGGAACGCCAUCGAUGAUCCAAGGUGCCUCUGGCGCGACGUACGGCUUUCUCAGUGUUCGGCAAGGAUACCUUGGGUGUUACGUCGAUACCCGUGAAAACCGUGUUCUUCCACAUAGCUUCAUGAUUGACAAAACACGCAUGACAACUGAAACCUGCAGGCUGCAUUGUCAAAGAAACCAUCAUCCCUACUUUGGAACUGAGUAUGGAACAGAAUGCUACUGUGGUGAUGUCUUGAGGCUUGGAAACAGACUGAAACCAGAAACUGAAUGCUCUAUGCCAUGUGCUGGUGACAAAAGUACCGUGUGUGGUGGUCCAUUGAGGAUUUCCGUCUAUAAAGUCGUGUAGUGAACAGCAGCUGCCGUCACCAGUUCAACGACACAUUCAACACUGCUUGACUGUAUUGAUUUUUCCAUCACAAGAUAAGCAUAUUUCAAUGUUAAAACAUUGAAGGAUCUUUUCUUAUAAUGUAAAUUGCCAUCCAAUAACUGAAUGUUUAAAGGAUAUGGAACUAUUAGAUACAUUUUUGAAUAAUAUGUUUGUAAAUAGAUAAAUGGUAUUUUAAACAUGGUAGUAUGAAUUAGCAACUGCGAUUGUU